UUGAGAGGAGCACACCGACGGCCGAACGUGGACCCGUCACACGCGCAGCCGUCUCCGCCUGCCUUCACACCGCGCGGCUACCGCUAUGACUCCCAGACACUGACGGUCCCUACGAUCGCUGCGCUUCUGCCGGGUUUUUUUUCUUCUUCUUCGUCUUCUUCUUCUUCUUCUUCUUCUUCUCGAUUUUCGUCCGGUUCGAUGUCGUUUCAUCGUCCCCGCCGGUGGUUUUCGGGGGAAGAUGCGCUCGUCUGAAAUUGGUGUCAACCUUCGCCUCCGCUCACCGAAGCGUCGCACGUCGACGAGCCGCCGUCCGACUCGCGUCGACUGAGUCCGCCACACCGACGACAGACGUCGGGUGGUGAUUUCGCUAGAUUACAGGUGGCUGUCGCCGAUAUCUAGCCGGUCACAUUUGGGUUUGCUUUUUUCCCACCAGCCAAGACCGAGGCAGAUGCCCCUCGUUCUGUCAUCCCGGCUGUACCAUGGUGGAGUUUCCAUCUCUCAGUCCUUACUGGCCUCUCCUCCGCUUCCUGGUGCCGUUGGCCAUCACCAAUGUCGCCAUCGACCUCGGCGAACAGGCCCUGAACAGGGGCAUAGCCACAGUCAAAGAGGAUGCAGUUGAAAUGCUGGCCAGCUAUGGCUUGGCUUAUUCACUGAUGAAGUUCUUCACUGGACCAAUGAGUGACUUCAAAAAUGUGGGCCUGGUGUUUGUGAACAGCAAAAGGGACAGAAGAAAGGCUGUAUUCUGCAUGGUGGCAGCUGGGGCCAUAGCGUUUGUCCUUCAUAUCCUGAUAGCUCACACAGAUUUGGGGUACUACAUUAUCAAUAAACUCCACCAUGUGGAUGACUCGGUGGGGAACAAGACAAGGAAGGCAUUUCUCUACCUGGCCGCUUUUCCACUAUUGGAUGCCAUGGCAUGGAUUCAUGCAGGGAUUCUUCUAAAGCACAAGUACAGUGUCAUAGUAGGUUCAGCCUCCAUCUCAGAUGUUGUGGCCCAGAUUGUGUUCGUGGCCAUUCUCCUCCACAGUAACCUCGAAUGUGUGGAGCCUCUUCUUAUCCCAAUCCUCUCCCUUUAUAUGGGUGCCUUGGUCCGUUUCACCAUUGUGGGCCUGGGUUACUACUGUAACAUUCAUGACAAUAUCCCAGACUCCAGUGGACUAGAUGUUGGGGGGGAUGCCACUAUCAAAAAGAUGCUGAGUUUCUGGUGGCCCCUGGCUCUUAUCCUAGCUACUCAGCGCAUCAGCAGACCUAUCGUCAACCUCUUUGUGUCCCGCGACCUCAAGGGGAGCAUUGCUGCCACAGAGGCUGUGGCUGUGCUCACAGCUACAUAUCCUGUUGGUCACAUGCCCUACGGUUGGUUAACGGAACUGAGAGCAGUGUACCCUGCCUUUGACAAGAACAAUCCCAGCAACAAGCUGAAUUCUGGGAGUCUGGUUACCAAGUCACAUAUUAAAAAGUUUACAUUCUGCUGUCUGGCUCUGUCACUCACGCUCUGCUUUGUAGUGUUUUGGUCACCUCAUGUAUCGGAGAGGAUCCUGGUUGAUAUCAUUGGAGUGAAGCAUACUUUCGCUGAGCUGUGUGUGGUUCCACUCAGAAUUUUCUCCUUCUUUCCUCUGCCAGUAACUGUUAGGGCACAUCUGACUGGAUGGCUCAUGACCCUGAAAAAGACCUUUGUGCUGGCCCCCAGCUCAGUUCUCCGCAUCAUUGUCCUCAUCACCAGUCUAGUUGUGCUGCCUUAUAUGGGGGUUCACGGGGCCACACUCGGGGUUGGUUCUCUCUUGGCUGGUUUCAUAGGAGAGUCUACUAUGGUUGCCAUAGCAGCCUGCUAUGUUUACAGACAACAGAGAAACAACGAGCUGUCCAAUGACCUGGUGGUGGAGGGCGAGGACUCCGCCCCCAUGAGCGAGGUUUGUUCCAGGACUCAGAUGGAGGCCAUAGAGGAGCUACAGGAGGAGGAAGAGGAGCAGGAGUAGACUGUGACAGUAGGAGAGCUGAAGCUAAGGUUCCGUGUGGAAACCGAUCAUUUCUGAAGAGGGCACCGUGGAGUUACACUGCAGGCGGGGAGAACGCAACAAAAAAAAAAGGACCUAAUUAUGCUGGUUUGGUUUGAGAAGUUGGCCUCAGAAUGGACUAUUAGACAAAAUGAUUGACAAGUUUGUUUUUUUUUUUCUAAAAAAGAAGGCAAGGUCUUCUACACAUCAUCCUACCCAACGUUAGGACGCACACUGUAAAGAAAGCCAUGCACCUCCAAGUGUCCACUCAUCUGUGAUACUUCGAUGUCUUCCAAUCCCCUGGAAAGUUACCGUAGUUCUGCCAUCAUCAUCAGAGAGGGUGUAUGAACCACUUUCACGUGUUUGCUGGUAAACGAACAAGGGAAAAACGACGCAGGAGAUUUUUCCUCCUCCGCAGCGAGAAUGAAAUGUCUGAGUGGUAUUGGAGUUGCUGAGAUUUGUAGAUCAUUAUUUUAUGUUCUAUUAUUUUAUCAAACUUGAGCCACAGGGCCUUGCUUGACUUCAAAUAUGGGGGUAUCUUAUGGGUUGUGCAAUCAUGUUUUACAUCAAACUGGUGUACAAACUAUUGUUUUUAUAUAGGUGAUGAAAUGUGUAUAUUUAAAUGCCCUGAGGGGUCAGGAAUCCCUCAUUAUAUCAUUGCGUGUUACAAAAUAUUAUGAUUGUCCACUUUCCAUGCCGUCUGGGAGUCUAUCUACUUUUGUUUUGCCAAGUACUUCUAUUUUCCUGGUAGCGUAUUCAGAUUGUCGUAUGUAAUGUAUAUACUGUAUAGGCAUUCUUAUUUGGCAAAUAAAUUGCUUUAUUAUUA